AAGUAAUUAUGUAGUAAAAGUUUGGUGUUUGGUAUUUGGUGUUUUGGUGCGUUGCGUUUAAGGAAGAAAUCGAAAAUCAGAAAAAUGGCACAAUCAUCGAUCGGUUUUACUCUGAGCCAGAACCUGUUUAAAAGGAACGUUGCGGCAAGUGUGAUUACGCACACUCCUUCCAUUUUCAGAGGAUAUCGUUCUCUUUCUUCUCUCUCUUUCUCUCAGAGGAGAAGAAGACACCACACACCUCUCCUUCUCUCCGCCUCCUUCUCCUCAACGACCGCCAUGGGUGAAACUCCCGCCACCACCGCCGAUGCCGGCAUGGACGCCGUCCAGCGCCGCCUUAUGUUUGAAGACGAAUGCAUUUUGGUGGAUGAGAAUGACCGCGUGGUUGGUCACGAUUCCAAGUACAAUUGUCACUUGAUGGAGAAGAUUGAGGCUGAAAAUUUGCUGCAUAGAGCUUUUAGUGUAUUUCUUUUCAACUCAAAGUAUGAGUUGCUGCUCCAGCAACGAUCUGCAACCAAGGUAACAUUCCCUCUUGUGUGGACAAACACCUGUUGCAGCCAUCCACUGUACCGUGAAUCUGAGCUGAUUGAAGAGAAUGCCCUUGGAGUAAGAAAUGCAGCUCAGAGGAAGCUUUUGGAUGAGCUCGGUAUUCCUGCUGAAGAUGUACCAGUUGACCAGUUCACCUCACUGGGUCGCAUACUUUACAAGGCACCUUCUGAUGGCAAAUGGGGAGAGCAUGAACUGGACUAUCUGCUUUUUAUUGUCCGGGAUGUUAACGUGAAUCCCAAUCCUGAUGAAGUGGCUGAUAUCAAGUAUGUGAACCGCGACCAGUUGAAGGAGCUGUUGAGGAAAGCUGAUGCAGGAGAAGAAGGUCUGAAACUGUCCCCAUGGUUCAGACUAGUUGUGGACAAUUUCUUAUUCAAAUGGUGGGACCAUCUCGAGCAAGGAACUCUCGGUGAGAUCAUUGACAUGAAGACCAUUCACAAAUUGACAUAAAAUCAGAGAGCAGCUUGCUGCAUCAUGUAAUGAAGGGUACCUGUAUUCCCACCCAAUAAGAGUCAAAAUGAAAACCUAUUUUCUAAAGAAUUUCGGAGCAGUACCUCAGUAUUUUCAGUGAUAGCCAGAACAUUAAACUAGAAGAAUUUGUUGUUGCAUAUUUCGUAUUUUGGGAUUUGAAUAAUUAAGAUGGUUAGUGAUUUGAAUCAAACUUUAUCGUGGUGUCGGUGUU